UUAUAAAGAGUGAAAUUAUAGGAAAAACUGAAAGAUGGAAAUACUCACUAAUUUGUCACAAGAACAACUCAAACCGGAGAAUCACUGAAAACCUACCAUUAAACAUCACGGGAGGAAAAUAAUCACUGAGGACGCAUAACAGGGACCGACUAUUUGAAAUGGAAUAGAUCCAUUGUUUCACGCAUUCACGCGCUUACUUGGAUUGUGCCCUGCAAAAGCGAAACGAAUGUAAGAGAGGAUCAGGAAUACUUCUCAUCUGGCUUCAUGUGGAUUUAUUCGAAAUAGUCAUACACUAACAGUGGAUUUACCAUACUGCAAUCAUUUGCUACAUGUUACAGUAAGUCAAUCACUACCAAAAGUUGAAUAGCUAGCUAGCUAGCUAGCUAGCUAAAAUGUACGGAGGUCGGCCUCCACCUCGAGAUGAAUAUCCUCCGUACAAAGGCCGUGGUCCCUCGCCCCGAGGUUCGCAUACUGGACCUGGGCGGCCCUAUACUCGGCCCAUUACAAGGGAUGACAGAGGUAGGCCGCGGGCUCCAGUACAUCACGGAUACCAUGACCAUGGAUCUGCCGACACAUACAGACGUUCUCCGCCACGCAGGAGGUACUCUUCUCCUGAUCCAGGAAGUGAUAGACGUCCAGGCGGUGAAUAUUGGGGCAGCGUUCCUCCUAGAGAAAGAUCCCCAUCACCUCCCCGUGGUAGGAUCCCCAUAGACCACAGUCUGGUGAUUACGGUGGGGAAUGAGCGGACCGGAUCUGGAACUGUGCCCCCUCGGAAUUCCAUACCUUAUGAUAGAGAUUACACACCUAGACCUGCUUAUGAUGGGCCUGAUGACCAUGGACAAAGAAGGCGAAGUCCAAGCAGAGGGAGAAGCCGACCACAAAGUCGCAGCCCAGUGGCUGGGCGGAGCAAGAGUCGUCCUCGUAGUCACAGCGGGAGCCCUAAUAGAAGCAGGGCAAGAAGCCGAGCCAGGAGCAAGAGUCGUCCUCGCAGUCACAGCCGCAGUCGCAGCCCUGACAGUAGCAGGGCCAGGAGCCGUGCAAGGAGCAGGAGUCGGCCUCAGUCCAGGUCCAGGAGCAGGAGUCUUGAAAAGAGCCGAGGACGUAGUGUGAGCCGAGCCCACAGUACGAGCAGGGCCCAGAGCAGAGGGAGAAGUGUGGGCAGGAAAAGGAGUAGCAGUCGCAGUGUCAGUACCAGCAGCACCAGCAGUAGUCGGAGUUCCAGUUUAGCCAAGAAGCCUGACGAGUUCAAGGAGCUGGAUAUGGCACGACGCCGUAAGGAGUUAGAGGCUUUGCUCAACAGGCCCACCAAAUCCAUACUGAAGAAACGUGUUGACUCUGAGGACUCCCCUGUAUCAGUGCAGAAUAUCGAGUCUCCUAGAGUCCCUUUAGAUAGUGCGACUAUGUCCAGAGAGGCUGAGCGCUUCCUGACUGCAGUUAAAGGCAUGGAACCCAGCAUGUUAGCCUCCAUGUUGGGAGAGUUGAGAGACGACCCUCACAUGGUCCAGAGCGCUAGUCUCAACCCUGCACUCUCCGGGAUCCUUGGCCUCCUGGAAGGAGUUGCUGGACAGCAGGAUGAGAAAAAGGACACUGACAUUGAAGAUGAGGAGAAAUUCCUAUAUGGAGAUGAGGAUGAUUCAACAGAGAGAUCCAGACCUCCAAUAGAAGCUCCCCAACAGUCAGAGGUCUAUGGUGAUACAGAGAAUGCACUGUACGAGGAUUCUGCAUCCCAUCAUGAUGUGUUGAAAAAAGAAUACUGUGCCCCGGGAGUGGCCCAACCACACCUACUGGGCCAGGCUGCUAGUGGAGACCAUGCGUCCCGCGGCCAUCAACAACAGGUGGAUAUGAGGUAUCACAGCAGAUCUUCUAUUACCCCAGACCAAAACAUCAGGAUUGAAGUUCCUAACCUUGGCUACCCACCAGGGACAGGCCCACUGGAAGAGAAUGAGAGACAUGAAGUGGAGGAGUAUGAGAAGAUCCAGGACUUGCUCAAAACCAUUGGAUUGGACCUUGGUGUGACUGAGAUCAGCAAAAUGGCUGCCAGGACUCAGGAACGCCUGCAUGGAAAGAAGCCCCCACCAAAGACCCCCACCCGUCGCCCUGAGAAGAGACGCCAUCGUGAUUCUUCAGACAGUUCAGACAGUGGCGGGUAUCAUCGUAGGCGCAAGACCCAUAGUCGGAGUGGGAGUUCUAGCAGCAGCAGUCGAAGCCGAAGCCUGAGCAGUGACUCCGGAUGUAAGAAGCGGAAGAAGUCGCCUCCAUCUAACAGGGGGCGUGGCCAUGGAAAGGCUCAAAGCUCCAAAGAGAAGUCCGUGUCUGAAUCGGUGCCUCAGUCUUCUGAUCCAAAAGCAAUGAUGGCUCACCCAGCUCACGCCAUGUCUGCCUACCCACAAGCCCAGCCGCAUGGUCUGAUCGCUCCAAACUAUCCACCCCCUGGAUAUGGUCAGUACGGGAACUACAUGCCUUACAUGCCUCAACAGUGGCCACUGUACCCCCCUCCAUCCAUGAGUAUUCCACCUCAGUCUCCGAAUGAAGACGUCUUGAGUGCCCCGCCAUUUGACAGGACAUACCUUCAAUCUGUCCAGACCUCAGAGUCUGAUAUAAAAGGGAAUGGAAAGGGAAGUUCUAGAGCAGGGAGCAGCCAUGAGCGGAGAGGUUCAGAAGAGAAAAACAACGAAAGUCAGAAACAAAAGGUGCUAGAGGAACGGGAAAAACUGAGACAAGAUAGAGACAUCCGCAUGAAAAAGAAAGAGUAUCUCAUGAAGGAACUGGAAAGACUUAGAAAACAGCAAGGUGAGCUUCUUCGAAAAAAGCGCCGCGAGAAAGAUGGCCACAAAGACCCAUUAUUGACAGAGAUCAGUCGCCUGCAGGAGGAGGUCAUUUCCCAGAUCUCUGUUCUACGCAAAGAACACGAGGCAGCCGAGAAGAAGCGCUCCGAAAUUGAUAAGGUGGCUGUCAUUUUGGGACUGAGUGCAUCUGACAAGCCGCAGAAAGUGAGCAGGGCCGCUGGGAAUCUUGAACAACCAGUAACUGCAGAGAAGAAGGAGCCAGUUGGUAUCCCAGAGAAGUCCACUUCCUCUAAGAUGUCAUCGUCCUCAAGAGCACUUCCAGACAAACAGAAGCAGAAUUCCAGCGCUCCACCUUCAGUGAUCCCCAACAACCUAUUUGAAUACUAUGAUGCGGGAAACCAUUGGUGUCAACACUGUAAUGUCACCUCUGGUUCCAUGUUCGAUUUUUUCACACAUUUGCAUAGCAAAUUGCACAAAAAGACACAGGAUCCAUACAGCAGACCAUGGGCACCAAGUUCUACAAAAAAUGAGAAGAACGACUCUUCGGGAGAGAAAAUGGUUAAGCCUGCUAAAGGGUCUGAAUUAUUGCUGCCUGUGAGGGGAUUUUUCUGCCAGCUAUGUGAGGAGUUCUAUGGCGAUGCAAUUUGCGCAGAGGAGCAUGUCACCAGCCAUAUGCAUAAUGAAAAAUACAAGAAACAAAUGUACGAGAAUCCACUCUAUGAACAGAGAAGGAACCUGGACCGCCAGGCUGGACUUAAUCUGGAAGGUGGAAAAAAGAUCAAAUUGAAACAUGAGCAACAGAACAGAGACAGUGUAGAGAAAGAAGACAAACACAACAAAAAGAAGGAUGAGGAGAAAUCUAAACCCAAGAAAAAGGAGGAAAAGAAGGAUGAUGAAAGGCCCAAUGUUGGCAAGAAAGAGGAAGAGAAACUUUUGUAUAAUAAGAAAGAUGAGGACGAUAAAAACAAGUGCUUCGCGAAGGAGGAGUCAGACAGAUACAAGUAUAGCAAGGAGAUGGAAGAGAGGUCUAAGCACAGUAAGAGAGAAGAGGAGUAUAGAUACAAAUAUGGGAAGGAGGAGGAGCGAUACCCAUAUCGCAGGGAGGACGACAACCUGUACAAACAUCACAGAGAGGAAGAUGAGAGAUCUAGAUGCGGUAGGGGAGACGAGAGGCCCAAACACAGUUGGAGGGAUGAUGACAGCGAGGAAAGGGUUCGAUACAAUCGGGGGAAAGAGUCCAGGUCCAAAUAUGAUAGGAAGGAGGAGGAGAAGUAUAGAUUUGAAAAAGAGAAGGGGAAACCCAACGAGGAUGGACUGUCUAAAAAAGACAAGGCUGGGCAUUCACGUCCUGAAGAGACGUCAGGAUCGAAAAAGCAGUCUGAGAAACCUGCGGAGAAGCUAAGUGAACCUCCCAAAAUAAUCUGCGGUCCGAGUCCAGCAAUGAGGGCGAAAUUGCGCAAGAAAAGCGAAGACGCCACUAAAGGAGUGCCAGCAGCCCCAGUGGCUUUUGGGAAGUUCAGUUGGAAGAAAAAAGAAAGCGAACUUGCAAAAGAAGCUGAGAGAGUGGCGGCAGAGUUCUUAAAAGACGAGGAAGCCAAGGAAGCAGAAAGGCAAGACGGAGAUGAGGAUCCUUACUCAAAGUCUGUGGCGAUAGCCAAGAGUAUCGCUGUCAAGCUUUCAGGCACUGCUGUUAUCCCUAAUACCUGGGUACCGUACCAAUCUAACCGUGGCAGGAUACGUCCUAACCUUCCGGCCCCCUCAAUGGUCCUGAGGAAGUCAGUUGGGGAGUUCAGCAAGCCUGCACCUCUAAAUGCUUUCCUCUCCAUCAGGCCACCCAGUGCUGGUACAGUGCCCCCAAUGUCAGUUACAGAGAACCAGCCUACAAUUGAUCCCAUGCUACCCCAAGAUAUAAUCUCCAAAGCCUUUGGUGGUCAGGAGGUGGUUUUGAACCCGCCAGAUGAGUUUGUUAGUCCCAUUCUUUCCGUUCCCUUGGACGUUAUGGACACAAAAGAUGAACCUUCCACAAAUAUGUCUAUGCUGAUAAUGAUGGAGUCUGAUGUAGGUGCACCGGGUGUGCCAGAGUGCGAGCAGAACCGUGCAGUGCUUGUCCAACCCCCUCCUCUCAUGGCCAGAUACCAACCAGAAGUCCAGAAAUCAGACAAACCUAAGUCCAACCUUGCAGCAGCAAAAGCUCAAGAUUUGUUUGACAUAUUCUACAGCAGCAGUGUCCCAUCCCACACAAGUACGGUCACAAAAUUAUCUGGCUCUAAAAAUAAGGAACCCGUGGAAUCUGUAGCCCUUAAAACCCUAAAAGCCCAGCCUCAAGCUAAACUUCAAACAGAACCCCAGUCUUCCCCACUACCCAAAACUGAGGCCCAGUCUACCCCUUUAUCCCAAACCGAGCCCCAGUCUAUACUUCAAUCUCAACCUGAACCCAAGUGUGAACUCCAGUUUCAUCCUCUGCCCCAACCUGAACUUCAGCUUCAACCUGAACCACAACCCCAACUACAUCCAGGGUUAGCUCACGAAAACUGUACUAGUGCUGAAAUUGGCAUUCGAGACCCAAAGGAGUGUGAAAGUGGGCUUGGGUCUGAGAUCAAGGACACCCUUGCUAAUGAUGAUCCCUCUGCCGAGCCCAUGGAAAUCACAACAGAAGCACUGGGUCUCCCAGCUGAUGUCCUUACAUUAGACUUUGAUUACAACUUUUCCUUUGAGUGAAAUCCACCAGUGGUCCAUCAUGGAGAAGUCCCUUUCAUGUAAUGGUCAAAUGGUGUGCUAUAGAGGAGGAUAAGUGUUAUCUCCCACACCUGCUGCCAAGCCUAUAAAGGUGGAGUUGCAGGCAGCUGAACAGUAAAUGGAUAUGAAUGUGAAAUUUCCAUUUAGAGAACUUAGACUUCGUUUUGCAAGCCUUUGGUUUGGGGAAAUUGAUUACCCUCUUGUUCUGAAAUACAUCAAAGUUGUUCUUUACUUCUUUGAGGUAAUGUACUGUAUAAAGUUUUGUGUUUUUUUGUGUUAUAUUUUAGUUCAGAUAUAUAAGUAUGCUUGAUCUUUCCUCCUCACUGGAUAAUUGAAAGGUGUUUUAAAACAGGAAACAGUGCUCAAGAUUAUGAAGACAUACCAGCAUGGUGGUGCUUCAUGGACCAAAAGAUUUCUCUGAAGAGUAUUUCUUUUACAACUGCAUUAGAAUAACUAUUACUCUUUACAGCACCAUCCUGACAAGAAGAUGUGAAAUAGCGUUCUUGAACAUAAAUGUUGCUCUCUUCUUUUUUUUUUUUUACACAUCUUUGUUUAAUUUUAGCCUUUUGUAUCCUCAACAUCCGUAUAUAAAAAUGUCAUCCUGUAACCACAAUUGAAGUAGUUUAAAUAAAAGCAUCUGUCCACAUUUGAUGUUAUUUUUCUUCAGACUUUAGAGCAAUAUGAUCAGUCUAAAAGUUAUCUAAUGUAUUUCCAUGGCACUAUUGACCAAUGUGUUACUACAUAAUCAGUGUGAUGGGUUAGUCAAGGGAAUUGUUGAAAUUGUUUAUUAUUUGAAUUCUAUCAGAAGUAUUCUGUAAUGUUAUGUUGUCAAGGCCAGCCACCACUUCCUCCUUUCAACAAAGCCACAUGGGAAAGCAGUCCCAAAAUGGGAAAAGGUAAGACAACAGAAUCUGUACACAGUAGUAUUUUUAAAAUGUAUUUGCAGUAGAUGCAGAUGAUGGAUGAUUAUGAUAAUAAUUAUACAACGACAGGCAGGAAUUAAUGCACUUUCAGAAGGACCUCUUAGAAUGAGAAAUAAUAAUUUCAUAUAAUUUAACAACAAUUUUUUGUCUUAAUUCUGCUCAGGGUUUAUUGUUUGCACAAUAUGAUUCAGUAUGCUGUCAAUGUAGAGUCAUUUGCAUUAUUGUAUUUAAUAAAGGAUUUACUGGA